UUGCACCGGAAGUAUUCACCGUCCCGGAAGUUUUUCUGCAGACCGACCAUAAGCAAAGAAGCUAUGGCGGUGGAUACUCCAACGGAGCUUCUUUUUCUAGACACCUUUAAGCAUCAGAGUGCAGAGCUGACCAACGUGGAUGUUGUGCGGUUUCCUUGCGGGGUUUUGAUCACAGAGGUGAGGGUCAUCCCUCCAGGUAUCAAAGCACACAGCAACCUACCUGACAACAGAGCUUUCGGGGAGACGUCUCCUCAUGCUUUCCAGUUGGAGCUGUUCUUCAAUAAUGUCACCAAACCCAACUGCCCCACCUUUCACAGACUGGGCAGUUUGGAAUAUGAUGAGAACAAGUCCAUAGUGUUCAGACCCAGUGGAAAGGUGAACACUGAUGGCCUGGUACUGCGUGGCUGGUACACCAGCUUGACUCUGGCAGUGUAUGGCACCACAGAGCGCCCUCACGGACACGACCAGUGUUCCCCUCCUCCCCCUCCACCCCCACCUCCUCAACAGCCAAGCGUGCUAAAGAGGAUCAACAAGCCAGAUUGGGAGAAAGAUGACCAAUACAAUGGCAGCCCACCCAGACCACCACCCAGAGGACCUCGUACUCCACCUGGUCCUCCACCCCCAGAUGACGAUGAGGAAGAGCAGGUCCCAAUGACGGUGGGUAUCAAAGAUGAGGCAGGUGAGGGCCGCGACGACUACCUGGAAGCCGUGUCACCUGAGAGGUCGCUGCCUGCUGACGAGAACUACUCAGACGCUGAUCGCGAGGAAGAGGCUGAGGAGGAGGAAGAAGAGGAGCAGGAGGAGGAGGAAGAUACAAGGACUGAGGGGAGCGUACAAGAGGAGGAGGAAGAAGAAGAGGAGGAAGAUGAGGGUGAGGACGAGGAAGAGGAGAUGGAGGAAGGUGAUGACGGGUAUGAGCAGAUUUCCAGCGAUGAGGACGACCUGGACAACGUCAGCUUCAAGCUGCCCACCUUUGACAUGGACUACACUCCUGAGGAUCUUGCCUCCGUCCCACCAGUCCAGUAUGAUCCAUAUGAGCGAGAACUCAGACCCCUGGUCUACUUCACCCCUCCGUACAAAACCCGCUUUGACACCCAGUUUGAGAAGGCCUUUCCGGAGGAGCCCAAAGAUUCUGGAGAAACAGAAGGACCUGCAGGUGGAGAAGAGGCUGAGGCUGUUGCUCACCUAAAAGAGCUCCUUGCUGGUGUUGGUGAGGAGAGAGACGCACGCUGGGUCACUGCUCUGGAAGAGGCACCCGGACUACUGGCCAAAGGUUUGGCCUAUUCAAUUAAACUAGGACAAGAGGAGAUGGACGAGCCUGUUAGAGUUUUGGUCCAAUGGGCUCUCCAAGCUCUGAAUAUGGACAUUGCUCUCACGCAACCUAUUGCCCUUAAUCUGAGGCAGUUAAAAGCUGGCGCAAAGUUGGCGUCAUGCCUGGCAGAGAGCCCGCACGGCCUCACAGUGCUGUUGCGGGAAAAUGCCCUGAGAGUGCUGGUGGAGCUGCUCCAUGCUGACCACGUCUCCUCCACACUGAAGCUGAGCAUCCUCAGAGCUUUGGAUGCUCUCAUCAGUGCUCCUGCAGGGGUGGAGGCCUUCCUGCAUGCAGGAGGUUUAGAAAAGAGUGGCUACCAGCGUUUAGUCCAGAUGUUCCUGCGUGAAGAAACAGUCCGGGUCAUAACAGCUGGCAAUGCCAUAUUACAGAAAAGCCACAUGUACGAGGUACUUGCCGACCUCCAACAUGCUGCAGCAGCCUGUAGCGAACCACAACAGGAGGAGAUGGAGGAGUCAGAGACCCCGAUGGAAGAGGAACCAUCAUUGGGCUCCUCUCCUGUGAGUGAGGCUGAACUUGAUAGACUGGCUGGUGUUUUGGAAGAGCUUCAUCACCUGCUGGAGACUGCCCCUCAUUGCAUGGUGCAGCCCCCAGGGAAAGCUUUCCCCACCAGUGCCAGAAUAACAGGGCCCCAGGAGAGGGACAACCCAUACCCAACAUUAUACAGGUACAUGCAUGCAUGCCAUUUUCUGGAGAGCGCCACAGUGGUGCAGUCAGCAGCUGCAGCAGCCGGCCACCUCGGCGUAACCCAAGCCGUCAAGGAGCUGCUCCGCUUCCUGUCGCUCACCCAGUCCGGUCUACUCUUUCUUCUCGCCCAGUCCACACCCACCAACCUGCUACUGCGCCUCUUGGCAUCGAUGGCAGAAUCUGAGGGCGAGGAGAACCCUCUAACAGGAGGGGAGGGCUCUGUUACGGUGCCGGGGCUCGGGGAGGAGGGCUUUUGUGUGUGGCUAAUGCAGACGCUGCACGCUCUGCAGGGUGUGUCCGAACUCAUGAGCCACGUGGCCGCCAAAGGAGAAGGCGGCGCUGGGCUCGAAGAGGGUGACAACCCGGAGGUGCUCGGCAUGCUCCAUGCACUGUACCUCAUGACCUUCACGCAGACGGGUCGCAGUGCUGUGGCCCAUGUGUUCAGCCUGGAGAACAACCUGUCCUGUCUGGUCACUCUGCUUCAGCACCACAGCAAGGAUGGACAAGGUGAGGCCAAGGCUCGCAAAGCGGUGACGUAUAACUACGCCUGUAUGCUGGUCUUAACAGUCUUACAAACGUCUAAUGAGCUGCGCAUGAUGGAGCAGUACGCCUCCCCACUGCUGUCUAUAGCCAAGGCAGAUGAAACCAAUGCCAAAUUGCAGGAGCUCAGUAAAUGGUUGGAGCCUCUGGAGAAACUUCGUUUUGAGAUAGGCAGCAGCUCUACACUCAUCACCUACAUCAAGCAGAACGUGGAAAACGUGUUGAUUCCUGAAGGAACAGGGCUGGUUACUGCUCUGAGGGUCCUAUGUCACAUCGCCUGCCCACCUCCGGCUGCCGAGGGCCAGCAGAGGGAUCUUAAGUGGAGUCUUGCAGGUGUCCAGCUGUUCUCAGGGGAGGGUCUGGAUACGUGUGUGCGUGUCCUGCAGAAGCUGUGCAGCGUGCUACUGCAGCCGUGGCGUGUGCACGGACACAUGGGCCCCACGCCGCAGCGCUGCAUGAUCCUCAGCAUAUGCAUCAGCACGCUCAGGUUGCUGCGCACCAUGCUGACAGAGCUGCUCGGCGGGGGGGCUUUCCAGUUCAGGGACACCCGCGUUGCCAGUGUGCUGGUGACGCUCCACAUGAUUGUGUGCUCCAUCCCUGCGUCUGGACGCCUGGACGGCGAGGAGAUGCGGGUGCAGGCGCUCAUUGUUGACGUUCUGCUCACAUUCACGCAGGGCGUCAGUGAAGAGGUCACUCACACAGAGGAGACUCUGUCCAGUAACACGUGGUCUCUGAUGCUAAAGGAGGUUUUGGGCUCUCUGCUUAAAGCUCCUGAAGGCCUCUUUUGUGGCCUGACGCUCCUCUCUGAGCUCCUGCCUCUUCCACUGCCCAUGCAGAGCACUCAGGUGAUAUCCGUCCAAGAUGUGGCGAUAGCCUUAAACACAAGGAAGCUGUGGAGCAUGCACAUACGGGCGCAGUGGAAAGCGAUCUCCGAGGUCCUGAAGUGUGUGUGCGCCACCAGCUGUCCUCCGUUGCUGGCCAUGCUGAGGAGAGUGUGCGUUCAGCUGGCAGACUUGUCCUCCCCCACUGCAAUCCUCGUGAUGAAGACGCUGCUGGAGCUGCUGCUGGAGGAGCUGCAGCUGGCAGAGGGUAAAAGUGUGUGCUGGGGCCAAGUCUUGCGUCUGCUCUCGUUGAUGGAUGCCCUGGUGUCUCAAAGGGCCUGUAAGAGCGCCACGCUGCAUUUGCUGUCCGGCUUGGUUUCUGGAGACGAGCAGCUGGCAGACGUGUUCCCCUUUCUUUUGUCUCUGUUGGUUCCUCCAACUGAUCACUCCUUACAGCAGCAACAAUGUAGUGUUCUAGUGGGAACAAUAUUACAGUCACUGUGUGACCAGGAUAUAUCUCUUGUGGUGUCUCCACCUGGCGAGAGCUGUGUGUCAGAGGCUGAACAGCUGGCUAAUGCACUUCCGGGGAGAGAGAUGAUAUCAUCUGUGUGUAAUUCCCUGCUGGAGGUUUUAGGGAACAAAGACAGCAGCGUCCCUCUCCUCCUCACCUGCAUCAGGACAUUGACCUUCCUCACAGAGCACAACUAUGGACUGUACUACCUCAAAGUUGCUUUGAGGAAACAUAGUGCAGAAAUGUCCUCACUGCUUAAAAGGUUGGUGGUUUCCUUCAACAAAGACUCAGCAGACCUGCUUUCAGCAUUGCUCGAUUUUCUCAGGCAAAUCGUCAACACAGAAACUAUGUGUGUUGAGGACGGUCAGGGGUCCAGUGAGGAACCUGCCUUUGUUCCCCCUCGACUGCUGUCCGGCUCAGAGAUGAAAGCGCUGCUGCAGUGGGAGGAGUCCGAGUCCCAUCCCAUACCGGCUUUGGAAAAGCUGAUAACGGUACUGAAGUUGUGCAAAGAUGAUGAGUCACUGGAGACCAUGUUGGAGAAUGUGGUCGUCCUGAGGCAGACGAUGGAAGCAGCCACAGACACACCUCCCGCAGCUGAAACUGAGCCCACUCUGCCAGCACCCGAGACCCUGGCGGCUCAGUAUAAUCACCGGACGGUAUUCAUUCUGUCUGAAGCGCUGGAUGAGCAGCUGAAGGCUCUUUGGUUCUCUCCGUUCCAAACAGAGGACAUAGAAACAGACCUUGACAUGGUCAAAGUGGAUCUGGUGGGUUUGGCUCAGGAAUGUUGUCCAGAACUGGAUCUGAAGGCCGAGCUGGAGCGCUCCUUCCUCUCGGAGCCGUCCUCUCCCGGUCACACCAAGGCUCCGAAAGGUUUCCGACUGGGCAAACACAAACACGAAACAUUCAUUACUUCAAGCGGUAAAUCCGACUACGUUGAACCUGCUAAAAGAGCCCACAUCAUGGCUGCUCCUCGCGGCCGUGGAGGUCGAGGAGGGUUCGGACAGAAUAUGUCCCGUCCCCAUGACAUUUUCCGCCUGCGCAAACAGAACACUUCCCGUCCUCCCAGUAUGCACGUGGACGACUUUGUUGCCGCAGAGUUUAAAGACAUCGCCACCCCUCUUGGACUUUUACCCCCCAAACGCCUUCCAAAGAGCGCCCCAAAGCCCCCGACGAGAGGGUUGUUCACCGGUAACAGAGGCAGAGCUACCUUCCACAGCCAAACACGUUUUUUCACUCCCCCACAACCUAAAGGCGUUCUGCUGUCAGGUACGGCCACGUUUCUUUCUGAAAAACUCAUUUAUGCAUGCAGAGUUCCUGCAGCAACUACACUCGAAGAGAGGGAGGCCGCGGUUCAUCUUGGAGUGGCCAAGUUCCAGCUGUCACUCACAGAGGAACCUACAGCGAGCCCCGUGGAGGGCAAAGCAACUUCACACGAGGACCCCUGCCCUCCCGACAACCCCCUGCAAGUGCUUAUCGCCUGGCUCUUCGGGAUCGAGCUCCACGGGGGAGAGGUGGCACGGGGCUGUCAUGGCUCAGUGGGGGAGGAGGUGCCGGCAGCGCUGGAGGUGGAGGCGGUGGAGGAGGAAGGGGAUCUCAAGGGAGCAAAUUCAGCGGUGGGGGCGGGAGCGGAGGAGGGAGGGGCAGACAUGUGCGCUCCUUCACCAGGUAAAUUCACCUGGGUAAUGACUGCAGCCUCUCAGGGCUACAAAUGGACCAAUAAGGACGUUAUGUAUGGUGUCUCCAUGGAAACGUGGGGUAUGAUGUUGUCACAAGGACUGUGUUGA